AUGGGCCGCAUCGUCGUUACCGGCGGCUCCGGCAAAGCCGGCCAAUCCAUCAUCACCGAGCUCCUCGAUGCCGGACAUACAAUCCUGAAUCUAGACCUAGCACCCAUGUCCCGUCCAGGCGUGCACACGCUCAGAACCGACCUCGCCGACAGCGGCCAGGUCUUCAACGCCCUCUCGGGCCAAUGGGCCCUAACCGAGCCCUUCCCAAAGGGCCUCCCUCCUCCCCCGGACGCCGUGAUCCACAUGGCCGGGUACGCACGCAACAUGCUCGUGCCAGACAACGAAACCUUCCGCGCAAACACGCAGGGCACAUACAACAUCUGCGAAGCAGCCUGCAAGCUUGGGAUCCGCAAGAUCAUCAUCGCCAGCAGCAGCACGGUGUACGGCGUUGCGUUUGCGCAGGGGGAUGCGAAUUAUUCGUCGUUCCCGAUUGAGGAGGAUCAAGACGUUAAUCCGACGGAUACGUAUGCGAUUGCGAAGUUGUGCAAUGAGCGUGUUGCGCGCGGCUUUGCGGCGCGGUUUGGGGCUGAUAUCUAUGUGUUGCGCAUUGGGCAUGUUAUUGGGCCGGAUGAGUAUAACGAGGAGAUCUUUUAUAGUUAUGUGCAUGAGCCUGAGCUGUGGAAGGUGCAUGGGUGGGCGUAUAUUGAUUCGCGCGAUCUGGGGGGUAUGUGUGAGGCUGGGUUGCGGACGGAUGGGCUUGGGUUCCAGAUUUUUAAUGCCACGAAUGAUUCUAUUACGAAUCUGAGGCCUACUAAGGAGUUGUUGAAGGAGUUUUAUCCUGAUACGCCUGUUACGCGGGAGUUGGAUGAGUUUGAGGCGCCGUUGACGAAUGCGAAGAUUAAGAGGCUGCUUGGGUUUGAGGAGAAGCAUAAGUGGCGGAAGUAUUUCAAUCUGUGGGAUAAGAAAAAAGUUAUUGUAGAUUAA